UUUUUGACGUUGCUUUCAGUUCCCAGUUGAAAACAACAACACGAGCAUCCACGUGUGUGUUUGAUCUGAAAUGAGGACAUUUGAUUUCAACUUCAACAGCAGGUAGUGAGGUGAUGGAGGCGGUGCAGUUCGUCUUUCCGGCUCCGCGGAGACUCCUCUAACAGCAGCUAUGAUCCCCGUACCGCUGCUGGUGUGCGUGAUGGGGGGCUGGUGUGCCGUCUACCUGACGGACACUCUGCUCAGGUCGUCAAGCACCCACCGGAUCAGCUACGAGACGUGGCUCGCCAGUCGAGGGCUCAUGGUGUCUCCUUUCCACGUGAGAUGGCAGACCACCAUGUUCAACCGGCUAUUUGCGUACUGCGCCCGCAUCAACCCCCGAGCCCUGUACCUCUGGUUCAACAGUGGUCUGGUGUUUGGGAUCUGUGCCAUGCUGGGCUCAGUGGUGCUGCUGAUACGAACACUGCAGCAGACGUACGCUCAGAUGACCACGGAUAACCCUCGGAUCGGUGGCCAGCAGGCCCUGCAGGUGGUGGUCCCGGGUGUCAACCUGCCCACCAGUCAGCUGGGCUACUUCUUCAUGGCUCUGCUGCUCAGUGGAAUCAUACACGAGCUAGGCCACGCCGUGGCCGCUCUGAGGGAGCAAGUGAGAGUGAACGGUUUUGGGAUGUUUGUGUUCGUGAUGUAUCCCGGUGCAUUUGUGGACCUCUUCACCACCCACCUCACCCUCAUCUCACCUGCUCAGCAGCUCCGCAUCUUCUGCGCAGGCGUGUGGCAUAACUUCGUGCUCUGCGUGGCGGCGCUGGCCUUCCUCUUCCUGCUGCCCAUCUUUCUGUUUCCCAUGUAUUUCACCGGAGCCGGAGCACUGGUCACCGAGGUCGUGCAGGGUUCUGCAGCUGACGGGCCCAGGGGUCUGUCGGUGGGGGGCAUCGUGACGGGGCUGGAGGACUGUCCCGUCAGGGGGGUGGAGGACUGGACCAGCUGCCUGUCUCACCUCACUCACGCACCGCAGACGGGAUACUGCGUGGCCGUGGCCGGCCUGCAGCCCAGCUGGGCCCACGGACGAGCUUUUAAGCGUCUGGAUGGAACCAUGGACUGUUGCAGCAACAACAGCAUGACGGACCUGUGCUUCUCCUACGUCAGGCCGCAGGGCAGGAACAGCAGGGAAAGAGAGUUCGCCUGCAUGCCGGUGCGCAAGAUGGUGACGGGGACGCGAGUGUGCCGCACCGACGGCGACUGCACCGCCCACUCCAGCGUGGCCAGCGUUUGCGUCACUCCCUCUCUGGAGAACCAGACUCGCUUCAUCCGCGUCUCGCACCCUCCCGACACACACAUGCUGUUCGUGGGGUAUCCGCCGCACCUGCAGCACGCUGUGAGUCUGACCAACUUCAUCCCCCGCUUUGGUUUCCUUCACCUGGACCUGCCCGUCUUCUUGGAGACGUUCUGCAAAUACCUGGUGUCCCUCUCUGGGGCCUUGGCCGUCGUCAACUCCGUGCCCUGCUUCGCCCUGGACGGCCAGUGGAUGCUGAACGCUCUGCUGGAGGCCACGCUGGUUACCGUGGUGACGGACCGGCAGAAGCGCGAGCUGAUCGGCUUCUUCCUGCUGCUGGCGGGCAGCGCCCUGCUGGCGGCCAACGUGGCGCUGGGCCUGUGGAUGGUCACGGCCCGGUAGGAGGAGGACGCUCGGGGCUGGGGACCACCUGACUGUGAACAGGCCGGUAACGAGCCGCGGUUACCGCGGUAACGAGCCGCGGCUCCAGCAGAGAUGCUGCUCCUGCAGACCGGUGAGCGCCGCACUGCUCGCUGUUUGUGCCGUUCCUGAAAACAAGGACAUGAACACAAAAGCACAAAACUAACCGGAUACUUGUCGUAAAGCACUGUCCCACAUGUAUGUUUACAAAGAUCAAGUUAGAAUGUUUUAGGAUUCGUCAAAUGUUUGUGUUUUAAAGUUUGAGCUGUUUUUCUUGCUGCGACAGAAAGGUUUGUUUGACAGAAUGAAUUUAAAGUCCAUCCUGGACAAAGACGUUUCUGAAGCCUUCAGUAUCUUCAAACAUGUUCUCACUGGCGGAAAAGCUUCACUACCUUAUAUUUAUCUUAAAGCCCCCAGUGAUCCGAGGUAGGAGGACUUCUGUCCGUCUCAACGUGUCUUUGUCUCCUUCAGGAACUUUCAGUAGGAAAAAGGCUUCCAGUUUUCUUUUCUCUAAUUUUCUUUUCUAUUUUCUUGACCUUUCACUGUCUGCAAUCUGUUGGGAAUUGAUUUUUCAAAAUUUUGGAAUAAAGGACUGAUUUUUAUUUAAGUGCUCCCUCAAGCUGA